CCACCCAAAAGCAAGAGAGUUUUCCUGGAUCCAGGCCUCAGGGUUCUCUCCAAGGAGGUCAGAAGGAAGAAGGAUUUGGCCUCUGCCAGCCCUUGAGGAGGCCGUUGUGUGGCUCCCUGAGGAGGAGAGGAGUGCCCUGGUGGGCUUGGUGUGUAGAAGGUACAGUGGAGACUGGUGAGAACAUGGCACCUAGAAAUCGGCAGAAGAAACACAAGAAGCCAGCUGUAACAAAGCCUGGUGCGGAAAAACAGGUGUCUGGAAAGCAAAAGAGAACGAAAACAGGGGAGAAGCCAUAUAAAUGCAUGGAAUGUGGAAAGGGCUUCAGCCAGAAAGCAGGUCUACGUGUACACCAAAGAAUACACACAGGAGAGAAGCCAUACAAAUGUAUGGAAUGUGGAAAGAGCUUUAGUAACGGGAGACACCUUUGUAUACACCAAAGAACACACACAGGGGAGAAGCCAUACAAAUGCAUGGAAUGUGGAAGGAGCUUCAGUUGCAAUGAGACUCUACGUUCCCAUCAAAGAACCCAUACAGGAGAGAAACCCUAUGAAUGCAUGGAAUGUGGAAAGAGCUUCAGUCAGAAGGGAAGUCUACUUCGACAUCAAAGAACACACACAGGAGAGAAGCCAUACGAAUGCAUGGAAUGUGGAAGGAGCUUCAGUUGCAAUGAGACUCUACGUUCCCAUCAAAGAACCCAUACAGGAGAGAAACCCUAUGAAUGCAUGGAAUGUGGAAAGAGCUUCAGUCAGAACGGAAGUCUACUUCGACAUCAAAGAACACACACAGGAGAGAAGCCACACGAAUGCAUGGAAUGUGGAAGGAGCUUUGGUAAUGGGGCACAACUUUGUAAACAUCGAAGAACACACACAAGGGAGAAACCCUUUGAAUGCAUGGAAUGUGGAAAGGGCUUCAGCCAGAAAGGAAAUCUACAGGUGCAUCAAAGAAUACACACAGGAGAGAAGCCAUACAGAUGUAUGGAAUGCGAAAAGAGCUUCAGCGAUAGUGGAUCAUAUAAGAAACAUCUAAAGGCUCACACAGGAGAAAAACCAUAUAAAUGUAUAGAAUGUGGAAAGAGCUUUGGUGACCGUACACAACUUUGUACACAUCAAAGAACACACACAGGGGAGAAACCAUACAAAUGCAUGGAAUGUGGAAAGAGCUUCACUCAGAAAGCAGGUCUACAGGUACAUCAAAGAACACACACAGGAGAGAAGCCAUAUGAAUGCAUGGCAUGUGGAAGGAGCUUCAGUUGCAGCGGAAGUCUACGUUUGCACCAAAGAACCCACACAGGAGAGAAACCCUAUGAAUGCAUGGAAUGUGGAAAGGGCUUCAGUCAGAAAGCAGGUCUACGGGUACAUCAAAGAAUACACACAGGAGAGAAGCCAUACAAAUGCAUGGAAUGUGGAAGGAGCUUCAGUAGCGGUGGAAGUCUACGUUUGCACCAAAGAACCCACACAGGCGAGAAGCCCUUUGAAUGCAUGGAAUGUGGAAAGAGUUUCAGUGAUAGGGGAGGAUAUAAUCGACAUCAAAGGAUUCACUCAGGUGAGAAGCCCUACAAAUGCAUGGAAUGCGAUAAAACAUUCAGGUGCCGUUCAGAUCUGUUGACACAUGAAAGAACGCAUUCUGGAGAGAAACCCUAUAAAUGCAUGGAAUGUGGAAAGAGCUUCAGUCAGACCUCAAAUCUACGUGUCCAUGAAAGGACACACACAGGGGAGAGACCAUACAAAUGCACAGUGUGUGGAAUGGGCUUCUGUGAUAAAGGCUCAUGUAACAAACAUCUAAGGACCCACACAGGGGAGAAACCAUAUGAAUGCGUGGAAUGUGGAAAGAGCUUCAGUUGCAGUUCUAAUCUGCGUACACAUCAAAGAACCCACACAGGGGAGAAACCGCAUGAAUGCAAGGAAUGCGGAAAGAGCUUCUCUACUAGUAGCAGUUUGCGGUCGCAUCAAAGAACCCACACUGGGGAGAAACCUUAUGAAUGCAUGGAGUGUGGAAAGAGCUUCAGUUGCAGUGAAAGUCUACAUUCCCAUCAAAGAAUCCACACAGGAGAGAAACCAUAUCAAUGCCUGGAAUGUGGAAAGAGCUUCAGGGGCAGACGGGAUUUGCAUUCCCAUCGUAGGACCCACACAGGGGAAAAGCCAUAUAAAUGCAUGGAAUGUGGAAAGGCCUUCAGCAAAAGUGGAGAUUUACGUGCCCAUCAUAACACCCACACAGGAGAGAAACCAUAUCAAUGCCUGGAAUGUGGAAAGAGCUUCAGAGACAGACGAGAUUUGCAUUCCCAUUGUAGGACYCACACAGGGAAAAAACCAUAUAAAUGCAUGGAAUGUGGAAAGGCCUUCAGCAAAAGUAGAAAUUUACRUGCCCAUCGUAAGACCCACACGAGAAAAACCACAUAAAUGCAURGAAUGUGGAAAGGCCUUCAGCAAAAGUUGCUCAUAUAAUAAAUAUCUCCCUAUGUAUAUAUUUUUGGAUUUACCUUAAUCAUA